CUAUACUCCGCUUCUCCCCUUGUGCUGAUUGUCACACAUUGUUUACUACGGCUUGAAAUGUGACUCACAACAGAGGCUGUCUGCUGGAGUACCGCUCUGACAAAGCGAAGGAUUUCUUUUCUUGACGCGCUCCGUGCGUCUUGAUUAUUUUUUUGGAGGGGACACAGGUUUGUGGAGACUAACCCUUCUGCCAUGUCAGUGGAUUUGCUUGCGCUUUUAUCCGUCCUGGUCAUCACGUCCUCUGCGAUGGAAGAAACUUUGAUGGACACUCGGGUGGCCACAGCAGAACUGGGCUGGACGGCAUAUCCUAACUCUGGGUGGGAGGAAGUGAGUGGCUACGAUGAAAACCUUAACACCAUAAGGACCUACCAAGUGUGCAAUGUCUUUGAGCCCAGCCAGAACAACUGGCUCCUCACAACCUUCAUCGAUCGACGUGGAGCGCAGCGGAUCUAUGUGGAGAUACGAUUCACAGUGCGCGACUGCAGCUCCAUUCCAAAUGUCCCCGGGUCCUGCAAGGAGACGUUUAAUCUGUACUACUAUGAAACUGAUUCUGUCAUUGCCACCAAAGGAACAGCUUUCUGGAUGGAGGCCCCCUACCUCAAGGUGGACACCAUAGCUGCAGAUGAAAGCUUUUCUCAGGUGGACUUUGGCGGGCGCCUAAUGAAAGUCAACACAGAGGUGCGCAGCUUUGGCCCACUGUCGAAAAACGGCUUCUACUUGGCCUUUCAGGACUACGGUGCCUGUAUGUCUCUGCUGUCAGUCAGGGUGUUUUUUAAGAAGUGCCCGAGUGUGGUCCAAAACUUUGCAAUCUUUCCAGAGACCAUGACAGGGGCAGAAAGCACCUCCUUGGUCAUUGCCAGAGGAAUCUGCAUCCCAAACUCAGAGGAAGUAGAUGUCCCGAUAAAGCUCUACUGUAACGGAGAUGGAGAGUGGAUGGUGCCUAUUGGUAGCUGCACAUGCAAGGCUGGGUUUGAACCUGACAAUGGAAAUGUUUGCCGUGCAUGCCCACCAGGUACUUUCAAAUCAACGCAGGGUCCAGGCCUUUGUCUGCAGUGCCCUCCCAACAGCCGAUCCACAGCUGAGGCUGCCACUAUCUGUGUUUGCCGCAAUGGCUACUACCGUGGCGACGCUGAUCAACCAGAUGAACCCUGCACCAGUGUUCCAUCCAGCCCAAGGAAUGUGAUCUCCAUAGUGAAUGAGACCUCAGUGAUCCUGGAGUGGCAUUCUCCCAGGGAAACAGGCGGCCGGGAUGAUGUCGUCUACAACAUCGUGUGCAAGAAGUGCAGAGCGGACCGACGCUCCUGUUCACACUGCGAUGACAACGUGGACUUUGUUACUCGACAGCUGGGUCUGACAGAGACCAGGGUCUUCAUCAGUAACCUGUUGGCUCACACCCUCUACAGCUUUGAGAUACAAGCCGUCAACGGUGUCAGCAACAAGAGCCCAUACCCAGCACAACAUGUCACCAUAGACAUCACCACCAAUCAGGCUGCCCCGUCAAUUGUUCCCAUCAUGCACCAGAUCAGCUCCACCAUGAACAGCUUCACACUGUCAUGGCCUCAACCAGAGCAACCCAACGGCAUCAUCCUUGACUAUGAGCUGCGCUACUAUGAGAAGGAUCAUGCAGAGAUAAACUCUACUGUGCUGCGCAGCCAGACCAACACUGCACGUGUGGAGGGCCUCAGGCCGGGUACAGUUUACGUGGUACAGGUGCGGGCACGGACUGUGGCUGGCUUUGGCAAAUAUAGCAGCAAGAUGUGCUUCCAAACCCUCACAGAUGACGACUUCAAGUCUGAACUGAGGGAACAGCUUCCUCUGAUUGCGGGGUCAGCAGCUGCUGGAGUGGUCUUUAUUGUUUCGCUUAUUGCUAUCUCCAUCGUGUGCAGCAGGAAAAGAGCAUACAGCAAGGAGGCAGUGUAUAGUGACAAGCUGCAACAUUACAGCACCGGAAGAGAACUCUCUUUGCGAGCCGACAUGUCUAACUGCCCCUCCCCACUGGGCUGCCCGACCCACUUCUCAGGCUCACCGGGAAUGAAGAUCUACAUUGACCCCUUCACUUAUGAGGACCCUAACGAGGCAGUGCGAGAAUUUGCCAAAGAGAUUGAUGUCUCCACUGUCAAGAUUGAGGAGGUCAUCGGUGCAGGCGAAUUUGGAGAAGUGUACAAGGGUCGUUUGAAGCUGCCUGGUAAGAGGGAGAUCUAUGUGGCCAUCAAGACACUGAAGGCUGGCUAUGUUGAAAAGCAAAGGCGAGACUUCCUGUCUGAAGCCUCCAUCAUGGGCCAGUUUGACCAUCCAAACAUUAUCCGUCUGGAGGGUGUCGUCACAAAAAGCCGACCAGUAAUGAUUGUCACAGAAUUUAUGGAGAAUGGCGCCCUGGACUCAUUCCUAAGGCAAAAUGACGGUCAGUUUACAGUGAUCCAGUUGGUGGGAAUGCUUCGUGGGAUAUCAGCAGGGAUGAAAUACCUCUCAGAAAUGAAUUACGUCCAUCGUGACUUGGCUGCACGAAACAUCCUCGUCAACAGCAACUUGGUGUGCAAAGUUUCCGACUUUGGCCUGUCACGCUAUCUGCAGGAGGACACGUCAGAUCCCAGCUACACCAGCUCUCUGGGUGGAAAGAUCCCAGUAAGGUGGACAGCUCCAGAGGCCAUUGCUUACAGAAAGUUCACCUCAGCCAGUGACGUGUGGAGUUAUGGUAUCGUCAUGUGGGAGGUGAUGUCAUACGGAGAGAGACCUUAUUGGGACAUGUCCAACCAGGACGUAAUCAAUGCUAUUGAGCAGGAUUAUCGUUUGCCACCACCCAUGGACUGCCCCAGCGCCUUGCACCAACUGAUGCUGGAUUGCUGGCAGAAAGAUCGCAACGUGCGACCUCGCUUUGCAGAUAUUGUCAGUACCCUCGACAAAAUGAUCCGUAACCCCACCAGCCUAAAAGCUGUAGCCAACAUCCCUGCUGUGCCUUCUCAGCCAUUGUUGGACAGAUCCAUACCCGACUUCAACACCUUCAGUUCGGUAGAGGACUGGCUUGCUGCCAUCAAGAUGAGCCAGUACAGAGACAACUUCCUCAACUCAGGUUUUACCUCCAUGCAGCUUGUGGCUCAGAUGACCUCAGAGGACUUACUUAGAAUAGGAGUGACCUUGGCAGGCCAUCAGAAGAAAAUCCUCAGUAAUGUCCAGUCUAUGAGGGUGCAGAUGAGCCAGUCACCUACAACGAUGGCAUGACUACAGGGGGCGCUGUGCCAUGGAACGGGCAGCAUUCGGAGGUCCAACAACAGCAGCCCCCGAAUGACCCCCGAUCCAUCGGAACGCGCCAGAGUCGAGACUAUCGUCCUAAUAUAAACCCCUACCAUGGCAACAGGAGACCAGGGUUUGCACAACCACGUGGAAAACGGUUGUCACAUCUCACGCUAACCACCACAUGCUUUCAGGGUCCAUACCUGGCACUUUUUUCUCCAUUUAUCACAAAGAAAGGCAAAGACCAAUCUUGUUGUUUCCAAUUAUAUUGGUGUCAUUGUAAACCAAAAUGACUACUACAAUCAGACAUCAGCACAGGGAACAGCUUACAAAUUCAGCCGUUGUGGUUAACAAUUGAUAUUGUGCUUCUAUAUUAUCUGGACUAAAACACAUUUAAAAUGUAGACACAAGUGUGAGACAUUUAGAAACCUGUGACCUGUGAUUUUUACCCAUACCGUUGUCAGUAUGUGAGAUGAAAGCAGCUUUACCUGGCGGGAAACAGGAUACAGACAAAGACGCAACUAAAAGGAGAACUAACUAGUCGGAGAGGUAUACAGGGAUGUACAGUGGAGCACUUCAACUUUUGCAUUUUUAUUUUUUAUUUUUUGCUUGUUUAAAAAAUUUUAAUACUGUAAUAUAAAUGGACAAAUUCAGAGCUUUGUUAUAUUUUUGUCUUUUACCAUCCGUGUUAUAUGUUGCCACUAUAGCAAGAUGCCGCCCACUUGUCUCUUAACUUAAACACUACCUGUGGAAGUCCAGUUGGAAGGCCUCGCCUAAAGGACUUUUUAACUAUCUCCACCAAGAGAAUAUAAAUAUGUUUAUCUCUUGCAAAAUAUGAUUAUAUCUUUCAUAAUAAACCUUCAUAUUGAAGGUGUUACAUAUGAGUAUGUAUGUACAGAACUCUCUGCUUGCAUUUUUGGCAAAGAUAUGUUGACUAGAUUGUGAUAGACACAUGCAAUGUUCAGUUUCCUGUAAAUCCCUGGUUUCCUUAUCACAGCUGAACAACGGACUAUUGGUUGAAUAUCUUCAUGUUUCAGGAGCACCCUGAUAACUUUUCUGUCUGAAUCUUAACUGAGGAACUUGUAAAUUGAUUAUUGGUAAAGAACUGUUAUUGUAGAGCUGUAUGAAAAUUGUUGUAGGAGUUAAAAUAUUGGGGAAAAAACAUUUUACUGGAGAUCAUGUUAAAUGUGGGUGUACACAUGCCGUCUCUUGCUGGUGAGCACUUACAUGUACAGAUAUGUUUUAUGUUUCAUUUGCAUUUUUAUAUAUUGCUUGAGUUGGGAUUGGUCAACAGGAUGAAAUGCAAAAUGAAUUGUUGUGGCUUGGCUGACCCAAACUCAUGGUAAACAGCUGCUAAGAAAACAAGACAUAAAUAUGCAUUUGCAUUAAAUUAUUCUGUCCAGAUAGUUUUAUUUUGAGGUGAAUUCUAACAUGUGCUGUAAAUAUCUUAGUGGGGCGAGACUUUCUAUGAAUUUGAAAUGCAUGAGAGAGCAGCUAAUCAAGGCAUUGGAAAUCAGGGUAAAUCACCAUCACUUCCUUUCACAGUGAAAAUGAACAUCUGGGCUGGGGUUUGCCAACAGGAACCCAGUGCCAUUUCAAUGAACACAGAGUCUUAAAUAGCCCUCAAGAGCUCGAUGCUCACUAAAAAACAUGGCCACAUACACGCUGAUAUAUUUAAGUUGCUGAGCCUAUCUAUUCACCCUCACUGUAGGGGUUCACCAUAUGGACGGGAGAGAUGAAAGCAAAUGCUGUGGUGUUAAAGAUAGUUUCACACAAUCAUAAAGAUUUGGCUACAUCACUCUCUGAGGAUGGACUGAAAACUGCCUGUGAAAUUCCUCCUAAUCUUUAAUAUAGUUUAGGGAAAACAGUAAUGUCCUUUUUUUAAGUCUAGCAGCAACACCCAACAAAAAAAAAAAAAACCUUAGUAAACCUUAAUAUUGCAGGACAGAAAUUUCCCCUUACCUUGCUACCAUUACCAUUCAUAUUAUUGUCAAAAUAAUUACCUAUUAGUCAUUAUUAAGCAAAUAAUGUUGCUUAAUGUAAAUCAAAAUUAUCUAAGAGUGUCUCAAAUGGCAUUGCAAAGUGAAUAGGUAGCCACGUUCAUCAAUUCAUAUCAAACUACUAAUGAAUUAUUUUUAAGUCGAGCCUUCAGAAUGGGAACAUAUUCUGCCUCAUAAAGAGCUUGUUAUAGUAUGUUAUCACUAUUAACACCUAUAGUUUGCUGAAUAUUCAUAUUAUAAUUAAAUCAUUUUUUUUUUUAUUUUACUAUCUUAUGAUUUUUUUAGGAUGUAUUAAACAGAGCCCGUUAAGAUUAAUAGUUUAAAUUCUAAGCACAUUGCACAAUGUUUACACAGUAUAUGGUGACACAGACUGAUUGUUUUCAGUCAUCAAUUUGUACUUUCAUGGCUCUGGUCAUUUACAAAUACAUAAGUAUUUGAAGGGGAGAGAGUAUUAUGUAAAGUCAAUUACUUUUUAGCUUCACAUCACAUUAUAAUGUUAUUCUCUUAUCUAAAAAUACCCAGAGAUUUGCUUUGAUUCUUUCAUGCGUGUUUGAGGAAUUCUUCAACCUCCUUUGGCAGCCAUUUGUAAUGCCUAAGCGCCCAUGAAAAGCUCCUCUAUCCAGCUGUGGUCUCUCUAAUCAGCCCUCCACCGCCACUUCCUCACACAGCUCCUCCAGACUAGCAGCUGCAGCAAAUAGCAGACACCUGUUGGAGCGGUUGGAACAAAUUACCAUACAAAUUGUCUCACAGUUCAAUGCUUUUAACAAAGUUUGUAAAUAACGGAACAGAGUAGAGUUGUUAGGGUCAUGUCUGAAGGCAGAGAGUUGGAACGCAGGAGCUUCUUAAAGAGACAGAAGUCAAUUUCAAGAUAAUACGUUAUGAAGUCAGUUAAGAGUUUGAUAUAUAGCAUUUUUGUAACAACUGAAGUUGACAUAGUUUUCUGAUUGUUCUAUAAAAUGAUUCAAGGUGCCUGGAAUUUAUAUAAUACUCCUGCAUUAAUAAUGACUAAUGUAUAAUUUGCAAUAAACAUGUAUGGUAAUAGAGGUUAUCAAUUAUUUGUUUACACUCAUAAUAAGUGUUACUAGCCUUUGUCCUGACCCUGGCACUGGGUUAUUUGGCAUAUGUAAUAACAAAAGACCAUUUGUUUUAUUUAGUAAAUAAAAUAAAUACAAUCAGUCCUUCCACAAUUAGUGAGCAUUCUCCUCUUUCUGUUCUGCACUCACUUCCAGGUGGCUCUAGGUUUCUGGCGGGGCUCCAGCUCGUUUAUCCUUGGUAUAACCAAGCUGUCUAUGGCACUGUCUGGGCUGUGCUUGGCCAGUGCUGGCCAAAGAAAUAGUUGGCUCCCUUCUGUAGUGGGUCCAAACAGGGUGCAAACACCUGCUAGAACCCCUGUCUGACAGGCAUAUGAUCAGCAAUGGCGGCAGGAAAACUGAUGGGGCCAUUUAAACGUUCAUAAACACACAGAAACAGGAAGCCCUUUAAAUGUGAUUCUAAAAUGUGCUCCUAAAUCUUAUGUUUGCUUGGGUAAAACAUGACAGAGUGUGUGCAAAGGUGAUAGAAAUAGGGUGAGAGGUUGCUUAGAGGAAAGAUGGUUUGCAGGGAAGAGGAUGAAUAGAUGAAAGUCAGAAUCAUCCUCUUCGAGCUUGAAGUGUGGUUUAUGCUGCAAUAUCCCUUUCAUUAUAUAAAUGCUAAUUUCUUUUGUUAGGUUUGGCAAUGGAAAAUAUUGUAAUUAAGCAACUGGUUUGCCCUUUGGACAAAAUCAAUUGCAUUUUGUUUAACUCCCUAAGUCAUUAAUUUACUAACUAAAUAUAAUAAUAUGUUCCUUAAUGCAGGCUUAGAUACCUUUCACUGAAACCCAUUUUAUCAAUUUGAAUGUAUUAGUUUUCUAUUCAGCUCAGUCAUGUGUGUUUGCUUUUCAACCCAUGAGCUUGUGAAUGAGAUGGUGAAUGUAUUCAUUAUCUAACUGUGCAAUUUUUUUAGCCUCAUCUGCUCUGUUUGUUUUAUGAAAUAUCUUACUCUAUAGUGACACUCCAGGGUGAUGAAUAGAGGGAUGGUCUGGAGUCCGUGUAUGAAAGAAGGUUUCUACAGAAGCCAUUUAUCACAUACUGAUACAAAACACAAGAGGAGAGCUUGUUAAGCAUUUCAUGGUGCCGUAACUGUUUGAAGACUGGUCCACGACCCGUUUAGUCACUGAAAUCAUGUCUUGCUUUUAUAGGUCUGCUAUAUUCACCUGAAAAUGCCCUGACAUGACUUCCAGCAAAGAAUAUUCUCAUUAAACUGCAUCAUUUUAUUUUCCCACCUUCUGUUUCAGUCUGGCUUCUAAAAGAUUUACACACAUAUAAAACACAUCACUUUACAUCCAUAAAGAUACACACAAACACUGUG